GACUUUGCCUAGAGCCUGCCUGCAUGGAACAUGGAGCUGCAUGCUUUAAGAGUUGCGACAUAAGCUAUAAGCUCCAUCGAUUAUCACCCACACGCGCUGCCUUACAGAAGCACAUUGCAUUAGUGGCAGCUGCAGGGAACAUCAUCACAGCAGCCAGCGAGCUAGCAUGCCUGCCAGCAUGUCCAUUCAAGUAUAACCCGGCUCUCAACACAUCCCCGAGCCUUGCCACUCAUUCAUUCAUUCAUUCAUAUACACAUCUCAACAUCCUCUAGCUGCGCUCUACUCUCUCCCUCCUUCCUCUCCUCCUUAGCCCAAUUUGUCCUGCCCCAAGGAUUCUGCGAGUCCUCGUCUCAGCUAAGACUCCUCAAGAGGCAAAGGGACCGUCCCGAGUCCCGAGCAUUGCAGCACCCGUCGCAGCUUUCCGAAGCUGACGGAGUGGCCCGGACGUAUUCCUCCUGGUCCUAGAGUCGAAUUUGCAGCUCCGGUCAGUCGAUAGAAAGGGACCAUCCGGGGGCCAGUUCAGAUCUGAGAUCUGCUGCUUGUUGAACUUCGUAAUACGGUCAUCAGGAACUAGCAUGCAUGUGUAGCAGUCGCCGGCCCUCGCUUGAUCGGGACCGGGCUUUAAGUAUCUGAGGCUCCCUCUUGCGAGCGGCAGAAAGGAAGUGCUUGCGUAGGAAAGCGGAAUGGUACAGCCGCUGCUGCACGCAUUUAGUGCGGGAGGCUGGUAGAGAGGCGGGGAGAGGGCGUACUGUUGACUGUCGCACCCUGAGAGAUAUUUCUGUCACCAGUCUCUCAUCUUUAAGUCUUCCACUCUCAUACGAAUCAAAACGCAAAGCCGUCUGGCCGUCAGACGAAAUUUCCCAAGCGGUGUGGAACACGGCUUCUCCAAACUGCGAAGAAGACUCCAUCUCAGAAGCCUCGAACGUUAUAUCAUUGUCGUUCGUGUGGGCGCAGGGACGAGGAGGAAGGAGGGAAGGAGAGGGCUGGAGUGAGUGAGUGAGUGAGUGAGUGAGUGAGCGAGUGAGUGAGUGGGGGAGGGAGCGAGCUAGCGAGUAAGAAGUAGAAGUACGUACACUGGUCUGCCCAACAGUCUUCUUCGAGCUCGGCCGGUUGUGGUACGUCCCUAGAUCGCACAGAAUUGUACAGGAAGAGGCUGGACUGCCGGACCAGGAACGAAAAGUAAAAUGUGUGCAGCUGGGAGCAGCAGCGCCGCAUGCACAGAUUUGUUGCACAUUGAGACCAUCCGCUGAUCUGAACUAGGAAUCGGUCGUGACCGAGCUCGAGCUGACGACGAGGAGGAGGGGCAAGAUUUGGCGACUCCUCUACCUUUUGACAGUUAGACCUCGUGCCUAGGCCGAGCUCAGAAGGCAUUGUUUGCUCGGUUGCUGCUGGCGGUGCUGGACAGAUUCCAGCAGCAAAAUGUCGUCGCGUGGAUCGUCCCUCCCUGAGCUCCCGGGCGAUAAGGACUCGUCCCAUAUAUCGCAUUCGGGCAAAUUGAGCCCUCUGAGCGAGACUCUGUGGAGGAACAACCUAAAGGUUGUUGACACUCCGGAUUUGGAUCCCUCUGCUAGGCUCACUUGGAAGGAUUUGUGGGUCACAGUUACCACUCCCAAAGGAGAAACGCAGAGGCUCCUGCACGGGCUCACAGGAUAUGCGGAGCCCGGUGCCAUCAUGGCUAUCAUGGGCCCGUCUGGGUCUGGCAAGUCCACUCUUCUCGACUCCCUCGCAGGUCGUUUGGCGAAGAACGCCACUCUUACCGGAGACAUUCUGAUAAAUGGUCGCCGCAAAACUCUGACCUACGGGAGUGCGGCCUACGUGACGCAGCAAGAUGACUUGAUCGGAACCUUGACGGUCAGGGAAUCUGUCCACUACUCGGCCAACCUUCGGCUGCCGAGGAACAUGAAAAGUGCAGAGAGGAGAGCAAUCGUCGAGAGUACCAUUGUGGAAAUGGGAUUACAGGACUGCGCAGACACACCAGUGGGGAACUGGCAUCUUCGGGGCUUAAGCGGAGGCGAGAAGCGGCGUGUCAGCAUCGCACUGGAGAUCCUCACCCGACCUCGAGUGCUGUUUCUGGACGAGCCGACGAGUGGACUCGACAGUGCUUCAGCAUUUUUCGUCGUCACAACCCUGAGGAACCUGGCUCGUGAUGGGCGCACCGUUAUAGCAUCCAUUCACCAGCCGAGCAGCGAAGUUUUUGAGCUGUUUGACAAUCUGUGUCUUCUUUCGAAUGGGAAGACUGUAUACUUCGGUGAAGCUCACUCUGCUCACGAGUUCUUCUGCUCAGCUGGAUUUCCUUGCCCACCACUGAGGAAUCCGUCGGACCAUUUCCUCCGAGCGAUCAAUGCAGAUUUUGAUCGAGUGAAGAACACGGUCAAAGGAUCGUUCAAACUCAGGCAUGACGUCGAGUCAUCGCAAGAUCCGCUGGAGAGGAUGAGCACCCACCAAGUCGUGCAGAUCCUCGUCGAUGCCUACCAACAAUCGGAGUUCGCCAUGCAGGCUGUUGCGCGAGUCCACGAGAUCUCGCAAGUGAAAGGGACGGUGCUGGAAUCGGCGGGAAGCUUGGCCGGCUUUUGGAUGCAAGCCUGGACCUUGACAAGGCGAUCGUUUGUAAAUAUGUCCCGAGACAUGGGCUACUACUGGCUGCGGCUCGUCAUCUACAUUGUCCUCACACUCUGCAUUGGAACUAUUUUCCUUAAUGUUGGACACACGUACACCUCCAUCAUGGGGAGGGCAGGUUGUAUGUCCUACGUCGCAGGGUUCCUGACUUUCAUGUCGAUCGGAGGAUUCCCCUCAUUCGUGGAGGACAUGAAGGUGUUCUGUCGAGAGAGGCUGAACGGGCAUUACGGAGUGGCGGCGUUUGUGAUAGGGAACACGCUGUCGUCGAUUCCCUUUCUGUUUCUGAUUUCGAUCAUCUCGGCCUCGAUCGUCUACUUCAUGGUGGGCCUGCACCCGGGACUGGAGCACUUCAUGUUCUUCGUUCUCACUCUCUUCGUGUGUGUCACGUGCGUCGAGAGUCUUAUGAUGGCGGUCGCCAGCGUCGUUCCCAACUUCCUGAUGGGCAUCAUCACUGGAGCCGGAAUUCAGGGUGUAUUUAUGCUCGUGGCUGGAUUCUUUCGUCUCCCAUUCGACCUUCCAAAACCUUUCUGGCGCUAUCCCAUGUCUUAUCUCAGCUUUCACAUGUACGCGCUUCAGGGAAUGUACCAGAAUGAUUUUCUGGGAUUGGAGUUUACGAACAUCGAGAUCAACGGGGUGAUUCUGGGGUCGCCGAUCAAGGGAGUCGACAUUCUGCGUAACAGCUAUCAGAUCGAUCUGGGCAGGACCAAGUGGGAAAAUUUGGGGAUUAUUCUCAUCAUGGUCAUAUUCUACCGCCUGCUCUUCUUCCUCAUGAUCAAGUUCUCCGAGGACGUGCAGCCCUUCAUCCGGGUGCUCAUCGGGAGGUACUCGUUCCACCGACACGCGAGCCGGAUCAGCCGCCAGCAGUCGGCAGUCCAAAUGCAGAACUCUAACACCGUCCGGCCCGUGCAGUCAUCGCCAUCUCCGGCGCACGAGCAUGCUCCCCUGCAGCAAAACCGACACUUCUGGGCUCCGACACCCUCUCCCCAAAAUCCCUACGUCCCGCCCAGAAUGAUCCACCGUUAAAUUGGGCUCUCGAGCUCGAGCCAUCUCGAGCUGCUCUCUUAUUAUUUACACCAACUCAACGCAACCUUACAUCCAUUGCCGCCGUGACAUCCACUGUAUCUGCUGCAUAGAUACUUCCAUCCUGGAAAUCGUGAAGAGAGUGCUUCUCUUUAUUGCUGUAAUUAUCCAGCCUCCACCAGCCAGCCAGGCAGCAAAGCGACUCGAGAACUCACGAGCGCAACGACAGAUAGAUGUCGUCUACACUUGUGAUAUAUUAUUCUUCUCUUUGGGCCGGAAAGAAAGAGGACCGGACUUUCAUCGGCAAGUGACCGAUGGUGUCUAUAUCUCCAUUCGCGCGUGGCUCAACUCUCCAAUAGACUUCUGUAAUUUUACGACGAUAUCAAUGACGUUGGUCGAUCUUCUCGAGGUCGAAAUCUAUCUUCUACAUUUGUAGUCGUAGUAAUAGUAGUAGUAGUAGUAGCAGCAGUAGUAGAAGUGUUGCUGAGUGAUUAGUGUGAAGCUCCCUAGCCUUACUUGAAUUGCCACCCUCGCUGGCAGAGCAUAGCUAAGAGUGACCGCGGGCGGCAGCGUCAGGAUCGCAGUGAUUCCUCGUUACGUAGCUUCAUAGUAGCAUCUUCUUCGUAGCCAACUCUACCGUAGCUUUUCUGCUGUUGCGCAUUUCUUUCAAUCUAGCUAGUUAGUAGAGGAUGCGGACCUUAGACAGUGGCAAUGGCAAGCGAAGCUUGCUGAAGCCUUGGGAGGGAACGGGGAGUGAGUGGGAAGGAGUGCGAGAGGAAAAAUGGGAGGGGAGGGGACGGGGACCGGGCUCUGUGAGAAACGCUUGGGAAGCUCUGCCGUUAAAGGUGACUGCGCAAGUACACAGAGCACGGGAGUUCAUUGACUGACCGACCGAAUGGGAUUCGAUGUAACGCCGUUCAAAGAGAUCUGUAUCUUCAUGGUGAUGGAUUUAGAGAACUCUUGUAUGUAACGUUUGGAUGAUAAGCAAGUCCUCUCCCGAGGCAGUGGUUUUCGUUUUGUC